AUGAGUGCCGACCUGAAGGCCUUGUUAGAGGCUCAGACCGACAUCCACGGACGAAUGUCUCGCUCCGUGGAUAACCUCCGGAAGAUGGGCAUCACCAACAUCACCGCAGGUGCCAUCCAGGCUCGCCUCAGCAUCCUCGACAACCUCUGGGCGAAAUUCGAGGCUCAACAUGAGCUGAUACGAGCGGCGCUUAAAGACAGAUACAUGGAGAGUGAGUACGCCAAAAGUGACUUUGUAGACACCGCGGAAUGUACGUACGUUUCUCAGCGAAGCACGUUGAGCGACUAUGCUGACAGGCUGAGCGCCGAGUCAGGUGUCGCACACCGAAUCGAGCCGAAGUCGGAGUCUUCUCCUAAAACCGCGUUGCCUCGUAUAAAAUUGCCGCCGUUCUCAGGCGCCUAUGAAGAUUGGCCUUCCUUCCGGGAUCUCUUCUUGUCUCUCGUGGGAGAAAAUUCGUCGAUCUCAAACAUUGAGCGGUUCCACUAUCUUCGCUCCUGCGUCAAAGGAUCUGCGGAGAAGUUAAUUAGGUCAUUAACUGUCACAAGCGAGAAUUACGAUCGCGCGUGGGCAAUCCUGGCUAAACAUUUUGAAAAUAAAAGGGAACUCAUGCGUUUAAAUUUCUCUACCUUCUCUGCCGUCGGAAAGAUGAAGUCUGAGUCCGCUGAAGAGCUGAGUCGCGUCCAUCACGCUGUCACGGCCACCGUCAACGCGCAGGAGAGUAUAGGAAGACCCAUCCACUCGCAUGGGAUGGAUCUCCUCAAUCACCUGGUGAUUGAGUUGUUCGACUCGCGAACACGUCUCGAGUGGGAAUCUUCCACGAGCGAUUCUCUCGACCCGCCAACGCACGAGGCUCUCGUAAACUUCAUGAGCAAAAGAAUCCUUACCUUAAACGCCGCUAAACCGAAGAACGCCACGAAGAACGCUGGGGAAACCUCACGGUCCGCUAAGUCUCACUUCGUGAGGAACGGGUUCGACGCUUCCAAGUGCGUCGCGUGCAAGGGCAAGCACACACUCAUGCAGUGCCCUGAGUUCAAGGCCAAGUCCGCGAGCGAAAGAAAGUCAUUCGUCGACACAAGCGGGCUCUGUUUUAAUUGCCUCGGAAAUCACGUGAUGGCGAAAUGUCAGUCCGUCAAAACGUGCUUUACUUGCAAAUCGCGGCACCACACAUUGUUGCACGACGCGUACGCGACACCAACAUCGACACACGAGGCAAGCACUUUUUCAACCACACACACUGCACACGAUCACAAGGCGACUCUUCUCGCCACGGCGCGCGUCAUCCUCAACGACCGCUCGGGACAACCUCACGACGUGCGAGCUCUGCUCGAUCAAGGAUCCGAGGUGUCUCUCGUCUCAGAAGAUUUAGCUCAGCGCCUGCGGUUGGCGCGCACUCGCUGCUCAAUGUCGGUAAUCGGUGUUGGAGCACGGUCAGGAUCCACGCGCGGAAGGAUCACGCUCGUAUUAAAGUCCAAGACGACUGGAGCAUACCUCACUGUAGUCGCCUACGUCCUUCCAAGGUUGUCUUCCUACCAGGGGCCAGCAGUUCGGGACUCCACCACGUGGAGGCACAUUCACGGCCUCACUUUGGCAGAUCCACACUAUCUGCAGCGAGACCCGAUUCAUCUUCUCCUCGGCGCCGAUGUCUUUUCCUCCAUCCUUCUCGAUGGACUCCGAAAGGGAGGCUGCGGAGUGGUGACAUCUAAUGGCGUCGUCAGCUCCCUCCAGUGUGCUCUCGACCAAGACCUGAACGAUCUGGUUCUAAGAUUUUGGGAGCAAGAACGGGAACAGCCUGCUUCCGUCGCCCUCACACCAGAUGAAGAACGAUGCGAAGAAAUCUUCAGUCGCACUCACGAGCGCCAAGGAGACGGGAGGUACCAGGUACGACUGCCGCUGGCUGGCUCUCUGCCACCUCUCACCCAUACACGAAAGUCCGCCGAGCGACUUCUCGCGGCAAUGGAGCGACGUCGUUCCAGAGACGAUGACUUCGACAUGCUCUACUGCGACUUCCUAGAAGAAUAUGCUAAAUUGAAGCACAUGACUUUGAUCAAUACACCGCUUGUGAGCAAUACACCAGUAUGCUACUUACCGCAUCACGGAGUGCUCCGAACUGCGAGCAAGACCACCAGAUUGAGGGUUGUCUUCAAUGGAUCCCAAUGCACGCCUGCCGGAGACUCCCUCAACAAGAGUUUACUGGUCGGAGCCAACCUUCUACCAACUCUCGCUGAUGUCCUGCUUCGCUGGCGUUGGCACCGUUUCGUCUUCGUAGCUGACAUCGAAAAGAUGUACAGGCAGAUUCUCGUGCACCCCGAAGACCGAGACUUGCAGCGGAUCCUGUGGAGACGGCAAGGCACCGACAACAUCCAGGAGUAUCAGCUCAACACCGUGACGUACGGAUUGGCCUGUGCUCCUUUCCUGGCGAUCAGAACUCUUCGCCAAUUAGCCGACGACGAAGAGCCCGGAAAUCCCAAGGGGGCUGUAGUUCUGCGGCGCGACUGCUACGUUGAUGACAUCGUCACCGGUGCCAGUACUCUGUCGGAGGCAGUCGAAACGCAGAAGCAGUUACGCCGGCUCUGCAUGGCGGGCGGGUUCCCGUUGAGGAAGUGGGCCUCAAAUCACGAGACCAUCCUCGAGGACAUCCCAAGGGAGCAUCAACUCCAGCAGCCUCAUCACGACUGGGAGGACGACGCUCAUCCAACGCUGGGCCUGCGAUGGCACCCCCGCAGCGACUUCUUCACGUUCCGCCUUCAGCCUCGCGCAACUGGACCGUUGACGAAGCGACAGGUCUUGGCAGAGACGGCUCGGAUCUUCGACCCUCUAGGUUGGUUAACUCCAGUCGUUGCUCGUGCCAAGAUUCUCAUUCAGUCAGCCUGGAUGAAGCACCUGGAUUGGGACUCCCCACUGCCUAAGACAGAUGAGACUUUAUGGAGACGCCUCCUUGACGACCUUCCGCUGUUGGAGCAGCUUCGGCUAAAACGAUGGCUGAAUACUGACGAGCGGCCACAAGUUGAGUUCCACGGUGCUAGUCACUAA